ACCAAACAUAGUUAUUCGAAGUUCCCUUUCUGGGGCCCAUCUUCACAAGGGCUGACAGUAGCUACUGUGUCUCUCGUGCUUAACCCUACGCCUGGUUACCUACAAUAACUUCAUACAACAAAUCAACACUCCCGUCACCAAAUAAUUCCCCAUUCGAAGUCCAUACUCUACCUUGACCUUACACUGCUUCAAUUUCCCUCCAUACGUGACCAAAACUCUCACCUCGACUGUCUCUUGAACCGCUGAACUUCGGUUCACACAACAAGCACAGAACAUAAACAACACCAGGACCGUUCGUCGGACAGGUCUCAUUGAUGUCGGCUGACCUCCGUACUGCCCUUAACUGUCUUCGACACCCAUCGAGAUUUAUGCCCGUCUCGAGAAGUCAACUCUCGAGAGUCCAUACGGGUGAUAGCAUACAAAAUAUAUUAUCAGCCGUGUAAGCAAAGCACAACUGCCCAUCAUGGAGACGGUCACUACAAGUAAUAGUUCGAUUGUUACUAGUGAUUCAACUACAAUCAGCAAUACUGCUGCUACCUCAAGCUCUGCGCCAGCAGUCACCGUCGUCGAGCUUAAGCGCUAUUCCCUAGUGCCUCCAAAGUGGCAAGAAUUCGUCCGUGCUGCCGGCAUGUCGGAGUGUAGGGAGGUCUCACUCUCCCUAGCCCAUGCCUUUGCUGCCGACGACUACGCCCAGUAUCUUGUCAACACAGAGGAUUCCGAGGACGAGAAGACUGCCGUCGGCUCAGGUGGAGGAGACAGCAGAGGUGUGAUGUCCAGCGGCACCAUCAUGACCCCAGAGGCCAAGUGGAAGCUGCAUGUAGAUAUCAUGACGUAUGCUGUCGCGAUGCAUUGCCUCAAUGGGCUGGUGACGACAAUUGGUCCAGAGUAUGAUAGCGUUGCGCUUUGGCUACCACCUGGUCACGAUCUUGAUAGCUGGUGGGUGCUGUUUCGCAGCGGAGCCUGGAGGCUCUACUAUCAGUUGUCUAUCGAGGGCAGGAAGCGUUACUUCGACGAGGUGGUCCCUCUCCUGCAUGACACCAAGGCGCAAGUCCUGGGCGAGAGGGAUCAUGAUGCCUGGUACUUGGUUUACUUGGGCACGAAGCCGAGCUCCCAGGGGAGAGGGUAUGCGGGGAAGUUGUUGAAGGAUGUGAUGCAGCGGGCCGACGCCGAAAACAGACCCAUGUAUCUCGAAUCCAGCUCACUCGCCAACAACUCCUACUACCAGAAGUUCGGCUUCGAGACCAAGAGGGACAUCUUCCUGAAGCGUGGACGGGACCCCGUCCGUUUGUCCAUUAUGGUCCGCGAGCCCAAUGCCUCUGGCAUGACUCCCAGUAGCACCCGCAAGGAUCCUGUUGCUGAAGGCUCUAACGUUGGCACGCUCUUCGCUGCUGCUGCUGCUCCUUUGACGACGACGACGACGACCACUAGCAAUACUCUUUUGGGAUCUACUAGGGCCAAGUUUCCUACUGUCGGCUCCCACCAUCAUCAUGGCCUUCUUGCACAUGGGCAUUACCAUGUUGGUCUUGGAGUUGGCGGUAAGAAGUUGAUGUAAGUUGGUGGUGAUAUACGUAGUAGUGUUUUUAUGGAGGAUGACGCAGACACGACUUAGAUUGGACACUCGUGUUUUUAUUCACGUUUGACCUCGGACCAUGAGUCUCACUAUUGGGUCUCUGACUUGUGUUUACCGGUUGCAAGGGUGGGAUAUGUUGAUAUCCGGUUUCAUUUUAUACUCGAGAUGUAAUAGCUGUCAAUUGCACGCCUUCAUGAUACA